UCGGUCAGGAGCGGUGUCCUUUGACCACCUGGCCCUACCCGACGUGAGUUUCCUGGAAUCCGCACAUGCUGUGUCUUUCAGACAUUUUCGCCCUCUAAAACCUGCGUCUCGCUGGCUGACCUCGACUCUCCAAUCCGAGCAGGACCAGGAGGCCAUCACGUUUUUACCGAAUUCAUGUGGUAAUUUUGUAGUAAUGUACCCAGGUUUGGAAGGUAUCAACCGGUUCUAGCCGAUGACGGUGCAACUUACCGUAACAUCGUGCCCGACAACAAAUCGCUGGCAUCCCAAAUACAUCAUAAGGACUGCUCUCGAAGGACUUCCCCUUCCUCUUUCCCCACAUGUCUCGAGGCCCACAGCUUCAGAAUACGAGCUUCAAUAUUUCCCUCAACUUUAGCUCUUUGGGAUCAUUAUUCUCUUACCCAUCUCGUUUACUCUCACGCAUUCGCGGAAUCGACUCGUACGAGCCAAUUAUUACAGCACCAGUACCAUCUUUCGACUAUCCUAUACCGACACCUCCUCCAACCCCGGGUCAGCAUGUAAUACCAGAAGUAACACCUCAGUCACUUCCAGGCCCUUGUUGGGGGUUCUUUACCUCGAGUUAUAUGAUAGGACUUGUGCUCAUGGUACGCUUAGUUCAUUGUUUUACUCGGGUCCUGACGCUUUGUAACUCAGAUGGUGUUAAUGCAUCGAAUUGAAAACGUCGUUGUACCAACCCGGGUUCCUCAUUUUCCCAUUGCAUUCCACACCAGAGGAAGGUCUUCAAGUCGAAUUAUGCUGCGGCGUCUUUACGCUGCAUUCCUACCGCUUGACAUGAGUAACACCGUAACAAGGGUGGCGUUACAUCUACCCACCCUGUAUCUCAUGGGCAAAUCGCUCUUGUUGUGGACCUUGAUUCUUCUACAAGCAUCUAACUUGUAUCCAAACAUCAAUAACGAUCAUCUGAUGUCUCUCAGGAUUUGGAGCGAGUCUCAAGAAAUGAGGGAUGUAUGUUGGCAGACAUUUUGCGCGAUCUGUGGCGCGUUUUGUGUUGAAGCAUUUGUUAAAGGCUUGGAUGGUGUCAGCGUAGGGAUCGGUGCCCAUAUGCAAGCAAACACGUCGCCAUUUAAUCUGGUUGGAUAUGCUUUCCUCCUUUACGCGUACUCGUCGUCUUUUACCCACGUCUUGAAACCGGACGGUCUUCCUUCUCGCCCAGACAAGCACGUCUUGGUGACCAUCGCGAUUCCUUUACUCCAGUUGAUGAUCUUCCACAUCCUCUCUUGUCGCAAGCGAUGGUCAAGUCAUCGGUUUAUUCCUACCGCCCUGUCAUCUUUCCUUUCACUUUUACAUUUCCACACGACACUAUUUGCCCACUCGAUGUUUGAAUCAAGUUCUUCUCCAGUUAUUUCUACGACAACUGGAACCAAACAACAUGUAUAUUCGAAUCCCACUGGGAUAGGGAGCUACCCGAUCCUCAAUUAUGUUCCAAAUUUGUUCGAGACCGUCCUGCUAUUGCUCAUAACGCUCACCAUCCUUUUAAAUGUCGCCACCCAAUUGUUACUUACCGGAAAGAUUACGAAACCGUUGUUAGGCUUGGGUCUUACUUCAGGAGACGGUGGACCUACUGAAGGAUGGUCAUGGACUCCUCCAUGGGAAGAAGAUUUUGGUGUUGUUCUCCUUCGCCUAGGAACCGCAAGUCUCGAAGCCACUGGACUACGUGGCUGGGGGAAUGAAGUCACAGGCGUCGUAGCCUCUUUGCCCAGCGAUCACAUAGCGUCAUCGACAAAUUCAAUCGUUACGCGCGAAAAAAUUGAACGAGGGACGCUCAAGAUGAACAGAAAUGGUGUCAUCGAAGUCGCGCAUGGGUCCGUUAUCACCAUCAAAACCCGUUCCGCUCUCGCAAGAGCUGGUAAUAAGCCCCGAGUGAGCAAGCGGGUUCAGAUCGUGAAAGGGUUGGAUAAUGAGAUUCGAGACGUAGAUUUUGCAGGAAAUACCGGUGGUGUGAGUGGGGGGAGACGAGUUUAUGGUGUACCUGGGUUCUUUACCGUUAAUCGGGGAUGGUACUGGGGAAUAAGAGCGCUGGGAUCGGCUGUCUGGAACGUCACCCUAGGUCUCUUGGGACUCGUUUGGGACCUCGUUCACGGCAAGAAAGUGCGAGACAGAUUUACUGGGAACAUCAAUGAAGAGGCCAACGCGAAUGACAACCAAACACCCGUGGAUACUUGCGAUAGUGAGGACGAUUUGGCGGCUCAGGAGGAGACUUACGAGACGUUCCUACGAGGAGAUCAAAUCAGCGACGAUGAAGACGACGACGAUGAGUGGAUCCAUGAAAGUGAGUUCGGAUCGGAUGAAGAACAAGGCUCGAAUGUGAGCGAUGGGGAGGAUGAAAGGACUAGUACGGAGACUGUCGCUCUUUACUCGGACUUGCAGACACGAGGAAGCUCUCCUGAAGCUGCAUCUUCUGCGAUGUUGGCUCAUAUGGUUUAUUCCGGAGGCUCUCCGCUUACUCGACGGCGGUAUAGAGCGUUGUUGGCACCGUCCCACUCGGGUGAAGAAGCUCCUCGUCAAGGGCACCCCACGGCGCCUGACGACGAUUCCUCACAAGACGAAAGCAGACGAAACUGUGUUAUCUGUACAGUAGAGCAGAGACAAAUUAUUUGCUGGCCUUGUCGGUGUCUUUCGAUGUGCGAUCAAUGUCGAGAGAGCUUGGCUGCCCGUUCUUCGGCCUCUAAACAUCGAUGCCCGUGCUGUAGACGAUCUGUCGAAGGUUACUCGAGAAUAUUUAUUCCAUGACAACACUAUUUCCCGCCUUGUAUUCAACACAGGCAAAGACCACGCAUAUACGGUAAAUGGAUUUCAUACCUGUACAUGUACGAUAUAGAAAGACGAAAUUGUAUAUCAUUAUUUGCACCA